AUAAACAAAAACAUGGCGGACGAAGUGCAAAUUUGGUCACGCUAGAUUUUAGUGUUUAUAGAGCCCAAAAUGCUGCUGCACGAUUGAUUACAACUGAAGACAAAGCCUGUCAAAAUAUGACCAUCAGCUAACCUGUUACAGUGUUUAGAGGACAAAAUAAAGAUCUGAAUUGGGUUGUGACUAGCGCUUCAGCGUAGUCGCUUUGACCGGGAAAUAAGUAUAUUUCAAAGACGUAAAAGUCAGAUAGUCCAACAGAAAUGAUGCUGGGGAAGAAAGGACUCUCUAAGAGAGAGCAAGAAGAACUUCGCAAGAAGCAAGAUCAGGUUGAAGCAGCAGCUGUGUAUGAAGAUUUUGUUGCCUCGUUUGCUGAAAGCAGUAAACAGGGGAAAGCAUGGGUAAAGGGCGAAGUUGUGAAUGCUGCCGAUAAAGGUGCAAGAUCUGACAAAGGUCGACUGUACAAGCCAACAUCAAAGUUGGCAGAGCUUGCAGCAACUUUCACUUCAAGCAGGUCCUUAAAAGAGGAGGAGAGAGAAAAAACGAAAAUUAAUUUCAAAAAGAAAACUGAAGAAAAGAAAAAGAGCAAUCUUGAAAUGUUCAAGGAAGAGUUAAAAAGAAUACAAGAAGAGCGUGAGGAAAGACACAAGUUCAAGCAUGCAAUACGAGGAGGGGGGAUGGGAGGCCUUAAUGACCUCAUGGGGGGAAUUGCAGAGUUUCCAGAGACUGAUGGGGAGAGGAAAUCCCGGUUUGAGCCAGAGUUAGAUCUGUCCAGCUCCACGAGUAGUGGGCUGGGAAUGUACGAUCUAACAAGUGAUGAGACAUCAACAAAUAUAUAUAUAUCUAGUAUCAAUCCAAAGAUGACAGAAAAACAAUUAAUGGAACUGUUUGGAAGAUUUGGGCCACUAGCAAGUGUAAAGAUUAUGUGGCCGAGAACAGAUGAGGAGAAAUCUCGAGGACGGAACUGUGGAUUUGUUGCAUUUAUGAACAGAAAUGAUGGAGAAAGAGCAUUGAAGCACUUGAAAGGAAGAGAAAUAGGUGGUUUUGAAAUGAAGCUAGGUUGGGGCAAGCCUGUUCAGAUACCGCCUCACCCCGUCUACAUUCCUCCGGCCCUGGCGGAGCUCACCCAGCCCCCACCGCCAUCAGGACUGCCCUUCAAUGCCCAGCCACAGAACCCCCGGAGGUUUGGGAAUGUGCCCCCGACAGCGUCAGAACCAGAGGAAAUGAAUAAGACGUUAUCGAAAGCCGUCGUGAAAGUGGUUAUUCCUACGGAAAGGAACCUGUUAUGCGUAAUUCACCGCAUGGUUGAGUUCGUGGUGCGGGAGGGGCCAAUGUUCGAGGCCAUGAUUAUGAAUAGGGAAAUAAAUAACCCAAUGUUCAAGUUCCUGUUUGAUAACCAGAGUCCAGCCCAUGUUUACUACCGAUGGAAGUUGUUCUCUAUUUUAAAUGGUGAUCAGCCAUACAAGUGGCGACUGGAGGAAUUCAGGAUGUUCAAGAGCGGGUCAUACUGGAAGCCCCCGCCCCUCAACCCAUAUACCCAGGGGAUGCCUGAGGAACUGGUAGACCCGGGCGAUCUAGACGUUAUACCCGAGGACCAAAUACCAGAUAACCCAUAUGACGCUGUGCAGAAGGGAAAACUCACUGACAGCCAGCGUGAUCGUCUAGAAGACAUUCUGCGAGACCUGUCCCCGGAGCGUCCCAAGGUUGGUGAGGCCAUGGUCUGGUGUCUGGACCACGCUGACUCUGCAGAGGAGGUGGUGGAGUGCAUCUCUGAGGCUCUUUCCAUACUCCAGACUCCCAUUCCAAAAAAGAUUGCUAGGUUGUUUCUAGUGUCAGAUAUCCUCUUCAACAGUAGUGCUAAAGUCCCGAAUGCUUCCUUCUACCGAAGACAGUUUCAGAAGAAACUUCCGGAGAUAUUCAGAGAUGUACAUGAGGCUUAUGAUAACAUUGAUAGCAGGCUGAAAGCUGAACAGUUUAAGCAAAAGGUGAUGCUGUGUUUCCGUGCGUGGGAAGACUGGGCUAUCUACCCUAAUGACUACCUGAUCAACCUCCAGAACAUCUUUCUUGGCCUCGUGCCUAAACAGCAGGCUACACAGAGAGAGCCGCCAUCCCCAAAUGCAGACUUUGAUGGAGAUCCACUACCGGACCCAGACUUUGAUGGAAUCCCACUUAUCCCUGGUGAACUCGCAAUAGGACAACCUGCUGUACGAGAGCCAGAAAGACGAGAGGACUUUGACGGCAUGCCCCUCGGGGAGGACCUAGAUGGGGAACCACUGGGAGAGGCUGACCUGGAUGGAAGACCCCUGCCCAUGGAGGAAGAGCCCCCGAAGAAGAAGGAGCCUGUUACUGCAAAGUUCACCAAAUCCAAAUGGGAGUCUGUGGACGAGACUGAACUAGAAGCUCAAGCGAUGACCACAUCAAAGUGGGACCUUCUCGGGGAGGAUGAAAACAAGCAGGGAAAUGAAGAAGACAUUGAUGGCCACUCUGGUCUGGUUACGAACAUGAGGAGUGUUGACGAGAUUAAGACGAUGUGGAGAAACGCAAAAGGAAGAGUAAAAGAAAAGGUAGAUAAAAGUAAAAUGACUGGUGCUGGUGUGAUUGAGCCCCUAACAGCAUGCGAAGAGUUCGUUAGCAACCACAUGUACGCUAACAAUCAGUGCCAGUUGCUAGGGAUUCCCGGAGGAUCAGAAACAGCCACUUAUGUUGCACAGUCAUUACCAAGCGGCCAAGAGAUUACUAGAGACGAUGGUCUGAUCGUGCUACACCUUGACGACAACAUGAACAUCUCGGAUAUAAUACAAACCCCAUGCCCAGUGCGAGAUGAACAAGAAUGUGAUCGCCAGGAGGCAGAAAAGAAGCCGAUGUUUAAAGGGAAGAAAAGCACACUGAAAAGGAAAGGAGAAAGAACGGAGGAUUUGUACGAUCUUGAGGAGCAGCGCUUGAACGCUGAAUUAAAAUCAUUUAGGGCCCAAGAGAGGUAUUGGACGGAAAAGAACAAAAGGGAGGCAGCAGUUCAUGAACUUAACAUUGAACUUUUGAAGAGAAGAGUCGAAAACGAAAACUAUACUUAAAAUAUAUUUAAAUGAAUGUAAAAAUCCCAACAUCAUCUUAAGAACCAAUUCUUCGUAUUUGUCAUUUUAGCUCGACUUUUCGAAGAAUAAGGAGGGCUAUACAACUCGCCCAACGUCUGCGUCCGGUUAACGUUUUAGGGCAAUUUGGGCUUUUCACUAUAAAUCGAAUAGCCUUCAUCUAAUUGACUUAAUACUUCACACAGUCGUUCAUGUCCGUUACAGGAUGAGGUAAGGUUACUCCAUAUUAUCCUUUAUACAAAUUAUGGCCCCUGAUUGAUUAUGGAACUUAUGUUAAAGCAACUGUGCACCAGAUGAUUAAUUUGCAAGAAAAAAGGAAAUUGUCGAAAACUGACAAAAACUUGGAAUUAAUGUGUACAAUUAAUUGAAAAUAACUAACUGAAGUACCACAUAGUUUACAAUUUAUUUAGGUUUAA